AUGGAGAAAUUCGAUUGUAUCUAUUACAUCAGUGACAAUGGUGAAGAAAUUCCUUAUUGUCAACGUUUAGAAGGUAAUGAAGAUCUUAAUCGAACGAGAACAAUGUGCGAGAAUGAAGGUGAGAAAAUUUCUUUUCGUCAAUUAAUCGAUCGACGUGUUGAACUAAGUGAAGUUCUUAACUGGAGUUCAAGUGUAGAGAUAAAUGAUUUAUAUGUUCGUGUUUUCUAUAAUCAUUCAACGGUUGAAGACAAUAGCGAUCAAUUUGUUUGCUAUUGUAAAAAAUCGGGUACAUUCGGCAAAUAUUGUGAGUAUCAAUUGACGCACGAUGAAAGCGUUUUCAGUGACGCUCUGAACGCUCAGUUCAACACAAAACACGACAAUGAUUCAUGGAAUACUCAACGGUAUGGAAAAAUUAUCUGCUAUGAGACUCUACCUUGUAAUACGAGUGAUUUGUGUUUCGAUUGGCGAGAGAUUUGUGAUGGUAUUCAACGAUGUACGAGUGGUAUUGAUGAAGAAAAUUGGCAUAAAUUGGAAUUCAACGAAUGUGAAGAUGAUGAAUUUCGAUGUACAAAUGGAAUGUGCAUCACGGAAGAAUUCUGGCUUGACGGUGAUUUUGAUUGUAUGGACUGGAGCGAUGAACGUUAUAAUAUAGAUAGUCCAUGUUCUUUUUAUCCAAAUCCAAUGGAUUGUGAUGAACAUCUGUGCCAUCCCAAUAUGUAUUCAUGUGGUGAUGGGCAAUGUAUUUCAUGGAAAGCUCGAAUAGCAUUUCAACGCAUCAUGCCAUCAGAAGAUGAUUGUUUCAACAAACGUAAUUUGAACUUCAUGUGUGAAGUAAAUCGAGACAGACAAGCAUGGACACUCGAAAGUGGUUUAUGUUGGCUAGAUAAGAACUAUAAUGAUUCACGUUAUCCUGCAUGGGACAUGAUCAAUACUUCGAAUUUGUCUGAUGAAGAAAAAUGUCAAUACUUAGUUCGAUGUCUGUUUCCAUAUGGUUUUGAGCGUGAUUGUCCAUGCAAUCGAGCUAACUGUACGCAGAUGCUGAGGAAUGUGUGUACAGAAAAUGAAAAUCGCGUUGUCUAUCCACCGGAUGGGUUAAUUAAUGCUAAUAUCUUCUUUUACUACGAAAAUAGUGAUUCUACGGAUAAUACACAUGUUAAUGUUUUUGCAUUUGGUGGAAAUAUCAAAUGUCGAGGAUUUCAUUUCACGAGUUAUGUGGAUUGGGAGAUACCCCCGUCUUUUCUGCCUGUAGCUGGUCCUCACGCCUCCAUUUUCCUUUGUGAUGAUCAAAGGCUUCCUUAUGGUCAUCGAAAUAUGACAUCACCAUUUCAAUAUGAUCAGUUUUGUUGGAACGAAUCGUUCGCAUUCAACGGUCGUCCGUAUGCUGUUCAUCCUGAUGCUUGCCCUGUGGGAAGAGAAUGUAUCUCACAGUAUCGAAUCCAUGACGGAUUUGAAAAUUGCUUAUAUAAUGAAGACGAACUUGUAGCUUACGGAAACAGUUUUUGUACAGAACAUGUUGGACGACAUCGAUUUCAGUGUUUCAAGAAUGAAAGCAAAUGCCUUCCGUUAUUGAUGUUCGGUACAGAAACGUCGGAAUGUUCGAAUAACUAUGACGAAAUGUGGUACGGUCUUGGGUUUCCUCUUGAAGAAAGUAGAGAAUGUCAUAAAAGUGAUCAUUCCGAUUGUAACCGUUUAAAAGACUACAUCCGACAAUCAUCGAUUGCAAAUUUUACUCAAAACAAUUCACUUGUCGAUAUACGAACACGACGGAUACCUUUCCAAUCGUAUUGUGAUAGUUUUUGGAAUUUGAACAGCCGAAUGGAUGAAUCACCUUCUUCGUGUCAACAUUGGAAAUGUCAAAAUCAUCAAUAUCAAUGUCAAACAGGACAAUGUAUUGAACUCACUUGGGUGUGUGACGGUGAAUGGGAUUGCGCUGAUUCGUCAGAUGAAGACGCUAUUAUACUCAUCAGAAAGUGGUCUUCACAUAAUAAUCGUCUUGUCAAUCUAAACAAACAACUUGAACGGUGUCAUGAGCGAUAUCCUGCAUUGCCAUUUUCAAAUAUUUGCAAUACAUCUUUUGAAUUCGGCUGUUUUCUAGCAGGAGUAUCGAACCCAUUGGACAUUAAGUCGAAUCGACCGUGCAUUAAUCUAACCCAAAUCGGGGAUGGAACAAAUCAGACUAUACGAGAAAUUGAUUCUUGGCGUUAUCGAAUCUACUUUGAUUACUUACCAUCAUUUCGUUUGGCAGUUGUAUUGAAAUUUCCGUCUUGGUUCGAAAAUAAGACAUUAGAAUCUUGUCAACGUGGUAGUUGUAAUGAGAAUUCGAGUUGUUUGCCUAUUUUCAAUCAAAAUCAAAGUCACUAUUGUUCAUGUAAAAGUGGGUAUUAUGGAAAAGAAUGUAACAUUUAUGAAUCUCGCUGUGAGACGUACUAUUCAACUGAUGCAUUCUGUCGACCGGAUUAUGAUUUUGUUCGAUCGAAUAAUACAAAAAUUGAUUGUAUUUGUCCAUUGGAUCAUUUCGGGCCACGUUGCCAUUUAAAAUAUGAUGAUUGCAAAUCGGAUCCAUGUUUGAAUAAUGGGACCUGUCUUCUUACUCAUGAUCGAAGUGGCGAAACAUCAUAUAUAUGUACUUGUUCGGAGCGAUUCUACGGAGAACGAUGUGACAUUGAGAAAGAAACGGUUCGUAU